AUGCCAACGAAGAGUUUACUGCUCGUGUUCAUCCACGGCUUCAAGGGAGGGGACCACACAUUUGAUGGCUUUCCGGAUCACUUCAGAACCCUUGUGCAGAAUGCUCUGCCAAAGAUCAAUGUUCUGUCUAUCGUCUAUCCUAAGUUCGAAACUCAGGGCGAUCUAAACGAAUGUGUGGCCAAGUUUCACGGAUGGUUACUUAACAAGUGCAUCGACCUGGAAGUCGCGAAUGGCACCCCGUCACCAACUAUCGAUCCGUCAGUGAGGGUUGUUCUUGUCGGUCAUUCGAUGGGCGGUAUCGUAGCUGCAGAGACUCUGCUAAGCAUUGCUCGUGAUCCACCUGUACCCUCGAUACCAUCUCAGGACACCGAUCCAGCUAAAGCUCCAGAAUUCUUGUUCCCUUAUAUCCAGGCUGUGCUUGCCUUUGACACCCCCUAUCUAGGUAUACAUCCUGGUGUUGUAGCGCAUGGUGCAGAAGAGCAUUACAAUACAGCUUCUGCCGCUCUGAACGCCUACAACCAAGCAUCUCAGUUCUUUGGUCUCGGAAAGUCCUCCACACCAGCGCCUCCCACAAAAGUUCCUGCAGGCGCUCUUCCACCGCCAGAGGCUGGUGGAUGGGGAAAAUGGGGCAAGUACGCCAUGUUUGCAGGUGGCGCCGCAGCAUUAGCAGCAGCUGGUGGUGCCGCAUGGCAGAAUCGCGAAAGCAUCUCCAAAGGCUGGGCCUGGGCAGGAGGACAUCUUGAAUUCGUCGGCUGUCUCGCCCGUGGUGCUGACCUGACCAAACGUGUCGAAAGCGUCGCCGCCCUCAGUUCUUCUCACAAAAUUGGGUUCGCCGACUUUUACACCUGCCUCGACACAAACAAGCAAGGAAAGACCUACUACUCGGAGCAACUACUGGGUGAAGAGAGAACCUUUUGCGUAGUGCCAAAAGAGGCAAAGGAACAACGAGGCACCUGGGUCAAAUGCAUCAACGAGAAAGCGAGUAACGAAAUUGCCGCUCACGUUGCCAUGUUCACGCCCAAAGACAACCCCGAUUACUACGCCAUGGCCGAUAGAGCAAAGGUUGUUUUGGUAAAAGCGGUGGAUAUGGAGUGGUAUGAGAGCUCUUCUGCAACUCCUGAAGCGACCCCCGAACCCGAGAAGCAGAGUCAGUCAGGCGCUGAAUCUGCGCAGGCCUGA